GAAACAGUCAAGUUCCGUAACGCGCGGAAAGAUUUCUUUCUCGCACAGGUGCCGUACUUCUACCUUCUACAAACCACCCCCCUCUUUGGAGCAAAUUGAAGAUUGUUCUAAUUUCAAUCUCCUAGUGAUCCAAAUUCCAUUCCUUUAAAAUAAAUACUAAUUAUUCUUUAAAAACGACAAAAAAAAUCGUUUUUAAAGCCUUACUGAAUAUACAUUCGUUCGUAAGUAAUACCUAGCUCUCAUUUGCUUCUACAUCUUUUCAUUGAAACAAUGUCGAACGUCGCUGCCCCCAUAAUUCCCGAAAAGAAGGGUCUUCAACUUUACUCCCCCGAGUACUACGGUUUAUGUUCUUUGGGUGGUCUUUUGGCUUGUGGUAUUACCCACACUGCCAUUACUCCCUUGGAUGUUGUUAAGUGCCGUAGACAAGUAAACCCUAACGUUUAUCCCAGCAACGUUGCUGGUUUGCGUUCCUUAUUUGGUAAGGAAGGUAUGCGUGGUCUCUUCACUGGUGGUGUCCCUACUUUCCUUGGUUACUCCCUUCAAGGAUUGGGUAAAUAUGGUUUCUACGAAGUUUUCAAGACUCAAUACUCAAAGAUCGUUGGUUCCGAAAAUGCUCACACCUACCGUACCGGUGUCUAUUUGGCUGCCUCUGCUUCUGCUGAAUUGUUAGCUGAUGUUAUGUUGUGCCCUAUGGAAGCUCUUAAGGUUCGUGUUCAAACUACUACUCCCCGUUUUGCCAACACUACUCGUGAGGCUUGGUCUAAGGUUGUUUCUUCUGAAGGUUUCGGUACUCUCUACCGUGGUCUUACUCCUUUGUGGUUCCGUCAAAUUCCCUAUACUAUGAUGAAGUUCGCUUCUUUUGAAAAGAUCGUCGAAAGCUUGUACAACUACAUUGGUAAGCCCAAGAACCAAUACAGCAAGGGUGAAAAGAUUGGUAUUUCCUUCGCUGGUGGUUAUAUGGCUGGUGUUCUUUGCGCUAUCAUUAGCCAUCCCGCUGAUACUAUGGUUUCUAAGCUUAACUCUUCCAAGCAGCCUGGUGAAGGUGUCGGUGCUGCUGCUUCUCGUAUCUACAAGAACAUUGGAUUUGGUGGCUUGUGGAACGGUCUUGGUAUGCGUAUUGUGAUGAUUGGUACUUUGACUGGUGCUCAAUGGCUCAUUUAUGACUCCUUCAAGAUCGCUUGUGGUUUCCCUGCUACUGGUGCUUAAAUUUAAUCUUGUUUUUCUAUCAUUCAUUAGCAAUUUAAUAGCUCUGCUUUUCUCUGGUUUUCCUCCCCACUUUUCCUUAGUAAAUAGGUUACAAUAGUUUACUACUUUAGCUAACCAGCAACAAUUGUCUUUUAAAGUCGUAUAUUCAAAUAUAAACCGCAAAUUUUUCUUUAGACUAUAA